CCACACAUUCCCAAUGUCCAAAUCAACAAGUUCCUGAUAGCUUGAAACGUGCGAGAAAAUUUGCAGUGGAAAACUAUGGUGACGAUGAUGAUGUUGUCAUUGCCCUCCACAUUCCCCAACACCACGCAUACAACAUCUCCCAUUCCCUUCCUCCAUCUGUCUUCUUCCUCUUCUUCCUGUGCUGCUUCACUCUGCAGUUUCUCCCACUCUUUUAUCCAUCGUUCAAUAGUCGAUUGUAGGAGGAGGAAGAGCAAGUGCUGGAACAUGUCUUCGUUGCCCCCAUCGUUCCGGGCAUCAGCUGAAGCUGCUUCAUCUUCGGUUCCUCCAUUCCCUGAGAAACAUAUCGUUGUUGGUUGUGGCUGUAUUACAGUGGAUUUCUUGGCAGCCGUUUCUGCUUAUCCUAAACCCGAUGACAAAAUCCGUAGCACGAGCUUGAAGGUUCAAGGAGGUGGGAAUGCUGGGAAUGCUUUGACUUGUGCUGCUCGUUUGGGUCUCAAUUCAAGGCUGAUUUCUAAGGUUGCUGAUGAUUCUCAAGGGAGAGCUAUACUGGAGGAACUAGAAGCUGAUGGUGUAGAUACUUCUUAUUUUGUGGUUUCGAAGGAGGGAAACUCGCCAUUUACCUAUGUCAUUGUUGACAGCCAAAGGAAGACUCGCACUUGUAUUCACUCUCCAGGAAACCCUCCCAUGGUGCCAGGUGAUCUUUCCCAGGCAAUCUUAUCAUCUGCUCUUGAUGGAGCAAGACUAGCAUACUUUGAUGGAAGAUUGCACGAGACUGCUUUAAUUGUGGCACAAGAGGCAAAUUGCAGGAAAAUACCUAUUUUAAUUGACGCUGAGAGACCAAGGGAAGGGUUGGAUAGUCUUUUGAAUGUAGCAGAUUAUAUUGUAUGCUCAGAGAAAUUUCCUCAGGCAUGGACAGAGGCCCCGUCAAUUCCUAGUGCGCUUGUAUCCAUGCUUGUGAGAUUGCCAAAGAUCAAAUUUGUAAUUGUGACCCUUGGAGAAGAUGGCUGCAUAAUGCUUGAUAGACAUGUAGAAGCAGAAAUUCCUGAGCUGGAAGAAAUGGAUGUAGACAGUGCAGUAGGAUUAUUAAGGCAGAAGAUUGAUGGUGAUAAUGCUAUACCAACAUGUAUUCCAUCCAAGUCAGUAAUGAGGUUGAAAGCGGAUGGGAUAGGGGUGGUGAAUGGGAAGUUGUUCAUGGGAACAGCUGAGAAGAUACCAGCUUCUGAGCUUGUUGACACUACUGGUGCUGGAGAUGCAUUUAUUGGAGCAACUCUUUACGCUAUUUGUGCAGAUAUGCCUCUAGAGAAAAUGUUGCCUUUCGCUGCUCAAGUGGCAGCAGCUGGAUGUAGAGCCUUAGGAGCUCGAAGUGGUCUUCCAUGGCACACAGAUCCACGUCUGGCUCCAUUUUUAUCUUAAGAGCACCAAAUAACGACUGUUCAUAUUGGAAAUGUAACCAUUGGACUGCUCUCUUUUCCUUUUCAAUGAUGUUCAAGGUCAGCUUACCCUGUGCUGGAAUUGUUUUCUGCGUUUGGUGGAACUGUAUGUAAUAAGAUAAAGCAAUGUAUAUUUGCCUUGUACCUGACA